AUGGUGGUCCGCGGCGUGCACAUAGAGGAGGCCCAUCUGGUCAAGAAGAGGAGUAUAGACCAGCCCCUUAGGAUAAGCAUAUUUUACGACCACUCUGUAUAUAGAUUGGAGCCGGAGAAGUUCGACAUGAUCAAUAACACGAUAUUGCCGGAGGCAGUGCAGUUCUGGGAAAAGGCGCUGAAGGUGCGGAAGACAGGGGGGCCCAUCAAGCUGAACAGG